AAAAAAAAAAUCAGUAGGAUUUUUGGCUAUUUUCUCUCUACUCCCACAAACAAGGUCCUAAACUUCACUUCACUGAACUGUCUUCGAACUCAAUCAAUCAUCACUCAAUGCGCAGUCCUGCUUCCACUCCUUCCAUCCGUGGUGGUGCCUUCGCAUCUUCUCCAAUUCUCCGCCACAAUCAUCUCCCUUUUCUUCGCCUCAAUCCUCCCUCCUCUUCACCAACACGAUCAUCUCCACCUUCAAUUCAAUGCUCCGUUCAAUUCCGCCCCUGCAUCGAUAUUCAUAAGGGGAAAGUGAAACAAAUUGUUGGGUCAACCCUUAAAGAUUUGAAAGAUGAUGAUGGGUCAGAUCCAAUCACUAAUUUUGAGUCUGAUAAAUCGGCAGCUGAGUAUGCUACUCUUUACAAACAAGAUGGACUUAAAGGUGGUCAUGUUAUCAUGCUUGGUGCUGAUCCUUUCAGUAAAGCUGCUUCUCUUGAAGCAUUACAUGCUUAUCCUGGUGGCUUGCAAGUUGGAGGAGGAAUCAAUUCUGAUAAUUGUUUGAGUUACAUCGAGGAAGGAGCAAGCCAUGUCAUUGUGACAUCUUAUGUAUUCAACAAUGGACAAAUGGAUCUUGAAAGGCUAAAAGAUCUGGUUCGGAUUGUUGGAAAAGAAAGGCUUGUGUUGGAUCUCAGUUGCAGAAAAAAGGAAGGUAAAUAUGCAAUUGUCACUGAUAGAUGGCAGAAGUUCAGUGAUGUGUCACUCGAUGCCAAAGUAAUGGAGUUUCUUGCCAACUUUGCUGAUGAGUUUCUGGUUCAUGGCGUUGAUGUUGAAGGAAAGAAGUUGGGAAUUGAUGAAGAGCUUGUAGCUCUGCUUGGAAAGCACUCACCGAUUCCUGUGACAUAUGCUGGUGGUGUGACAGUAAUGGACGAUUUAGAGAGGAUAAGAACAGCUGGAAUGGAUAAUGUGGAUGUUACUGUUGGCAGUGCCUUGGACAUUUUUGGGGGGAACUUGGCUUAUAAAGAUGUUGUAGCUUGGCAUAACCAGCAAAAGGUCUCAGUGGCUUAAGUAAGCAUUUUUUAGAGUCGUUGAAGUUAGGGGUGGGUGAGCUCUGAGCACGGAUUUGCUUAACUAUAUCUCUUAGUGUAACCUUGAGUCUGGUGAUUUGUCGCAAUUUCUGUGGUUCCAGCAUUUGCCUGACCAUUAACUUGUCAUGACAUUCUUACAUGAUUAUCUUCUGCCACUACAUUUACAUCUCUGUGAUGUAGGUGUAAGGCAGUGCAUGUAGGUUUUUCUCCCUGUACAAGAAUCCCCGUCAUAUCGUGAAAAUCCUAUGAAUAUAGCAUUGUGUGUUUCUGCAUAUUAUAUGCCCAAUGAAGGAUAGGAGUUCAUUCAUCAAGUUUGAUGAUUUAGUUGUAAAAUGUUAUUGUUUUGGUUUUUAAUUAACACUUCUGAGCUGCACUUUGAAUAAUGUGAUCUCAUUUAUUUGUAUAAAUAAAUAUGGCAUAAUUGUUAUUUUA